AUGCCUCGUGACAGCGAUGUCCUCUGUGCUUUCUGUGAUACAUGGAUGAUGUGUGCCCGAGAGCAUGCUCGUCGUGUACUGCUCGAAACCCCAUAUUCGGCCCCAUCUCAAACCUUAGCCACAAAAUCCAGGUGUGUGGCAGCUAUCGUCGCAAUCUCAGACGAUGAUUCCUCUGAAGGUGAUGAUGACAGCUCCGACUCAGAGGUAGUUGAACCCAUUUUGCCCUCCAUCCAACAUGAGCAAGCAGUUCUGGAUGUUGAUAUGGAUCCCCCUGAUACUGACACAAUCAACCUCACUGUUGCACCUGCGACACUACAUGACAGCUCUGAAGAAAACACCCAUAGGGCUGCCCUGUUUUCCUGGCAAGAGCAACAAGCAUUUUCAGCAGACAACAUGGUUCUUGACCACAAUUCAGAUUCCGAGCAGGAGGACAGUUCAGGAGCCACACAUCCUGUGUCCGAGGAGGAUUUAAUUGAUGAUGACGAUGAAGACUGCUACCUGGACUGGGAUACAUUUGAGUAUGGAAAGAAUGGGUUAUCGGCAUGGGAUGUCCUUAGUGAAGGCUACGAGAGGGAGGCAGCAUCCAUAGCUGAGAAACUGAAUAAAGGCUACGCAAAAGCACCACUGGCUUUCCUGUGCAACCCGCUGCUGCCCAAGAUUGAUUCUUUGCAUGCCCAUGUCGCGUUCCUUGCCGGCUUCAAGCCUGAAUCAUCCCUUAAAUUUUGUCCUCACUGCAAGGAGCUGCGUUUUCAGGCCAAUGGUACUCCUCAAUGUUAUUUCACAUAUGUCCCUAUCAUACCUCACCUCAUCACCUCAUUUAGCAACAAGAAAUGUGCAGAAGAGAUGCAAUAUCAUGCAAACCAUGUCCAUGAACCAGGGAAGAUGACAGAUGUUUUUGACGGCAGUGCUUAUCGAGAUCUGCUCACCCAGACGGUCAAGAUUGACGGCAAAGACCUCGGUUGCACAUAUUUUUCGGAUGAUCGCGACAUUGCCUUCGGGCUCUCAACAGAUGGUUUUGCACCAUUAAAACGCCGUAAAGACACUGCAUGGCCUCUCAUUCUAUUUAAUUUCAAUCUACCCCCCGAAAUCUGCUUCCACAUGAAUGAAAUCCUGGCUCUUGGGGUAAUCCCUGGUCCAAAGAAGCCUGUCGACAUUGACUUGUUUUUAUGGCCCGUGAUUCUUGAGUUUAUACAGCUAGCUUGGGGAGUUGCGGCCUUCGACAUCCUCAACUCAGCAAUGUUCGCCCUUUGA